GGGGCAAGGAAAGGGGGUACUGCCCGGGGUCUCCUGGAGCCGGCCCACCGGAGGGAUUGCGAAGUGAGAGUCGGUCCUCUCGUCAAAGACCCUGGCUCCUGGCUCUGGGCGAACCCUCCUUUCCAGAGACCGGGUUCUUUACGGGCGCCCCUGCCGUGUUGGGGUGUAGCUCCCCCGUCCCUUGGGUAACGCUGAGCGCAGCUGUGGAGAAGGCACAGGUUCGCCGGCGACGGUCUCUCCUGCGACUUCCGGAGGCAGCUUUAGCUUGGGGGCCUUCAGUGUAACUCCCAGAAGGCUCCAAACUCUUAGCCUCAACUCUUCUCGCGGCGGCUCCCGUCUCCACCCCAGACUGCUCAGGCCCAGGAUCCUCGGGGCCUGCAGCCCCUUCUCUGAGCUGGGGCUCCUGCCUUUGGCCUCUGACCGCGCAGCGCAGUGGAUAAGUGCGGGUGGCCUGGGUCCAGAUGCCAGUCCUGUUCCCUUGCCCAUGGUCCUGUUACCUGAGCAGGUUUCUCAUGUACACCAUGGGGGUGAAAAUAUCCGUACAGGGCUUUUGUGAAGAUUUAAAUGAGUUUAUAUUUAUUAAGGUGUUCAGAACAGUGCUUGGCUGUUUUCAGUGUCGGCUGUUAUCAUAUGCAGUGGUCACAGCACUGUACAAGUUGUAUCAUUUAUUUGGUAACGUUAGUGUAUCUUCUGCUAGAGUACAAGCCUUAAGAAGCCAUAGUCUUUGCUCAGGUCACCAAUGUAUCUUUAGUGCCUAGAACAGUGCUUGGUGAAGUGGGGGGAAAAUGGCAGGCUACAUAAAGGAAAAAUAGGAGCAAGUAUAAGAUUUUUUAAUUAGUAAUUGGAUUCUAGUCAUCAUUUAACUGAUGACAUUGAAAUGGUACUAUGUAAAAUGGUACUCAAUAAAAUGUUAUACUAAGAAAAGUGUCUUUCCACUCCCCCCUCCUGUGAACAGGCUAAUGAUACUUGGAGAAGUUGCUGCUCUCAUACAUUAAUUAUGCUGGUGGCAUUGUGAAUUGAUAGUCUAUUCUGCAAUUUAUUUGAUAAUACAUAGCAAGACAGAAUUUGCCACUCUCUUUUGGCUUUAAUAAGGCAAGGCCUUGGGACAUGAUUGAGGAAAAUAAUUUGACAGGAGAAAACUAGUAGAUUCAUGAAAAUGUGCCUCCCAGCAUUAUUUAUAAUAGUAAAAAUUAGAAACAACUAGGAAUUACUCAUGCAUAUGAAUUAAUGAAUCUUAGCUCUUUGAUUCUCUUAAAGAAGGAAAUAUUCUUUGAGAGCAUAAUGUAUGUUAAGAUUAAGAGCAGUACUUUCUGGAUUGUCUUGUUUCUAGUCUUAGUUGUAUUCUAAGAAGCAUUUGUCUUUGUCUUGUUUCCACUUGUUUCCUUAAUCAUAUUUAAGGAUUACCCAUAAGGAGAGCUUCACUUCCUUAAAAAUUAAAGCCUAGCAGUCCUGAGCUAUUAGUCCAAAUGUCUGCAUCAACAUUCCUUCCACAAACUUCAGAGGAGCCUGAUAGCAUUCUGGUAGUGAAGAUGGAAAGGAAAGAGGCCUGUAGUCUAGAAUCCAGCCUCCACUGGAGAAGCUGCUGCAGUCCAGAGACUUUCCGCCAACGGUUCAGGCAGUUUGGCUACCAGGAGUCCCCUGGGCCCCGGGAGGCUCUGAACAGGCUCAGGGAGCUUUGCUGUGAGUGGCUAAGGCCGGAGGUGUACACCAAGAAGCAGAUUCUGGAGCUGCUGGUGCUGGAGCAGUUCCUGGCCAUCCUGCCAGAGGAGCUGCAGGCCUGGCUGCAAGAGCACAGACCAGAGAAUGGAGAGGAGGCUGUGAUUAUGCUGGAGGAGCUGGAGAAAGAGCUUGAUGGGCCAGCAGAGCAGGUUUUUGGACAAAAUGCAGAGGAAGUGGCAGUUUGUGAAAUCACUCAGAAGUCACCAAGUGGCCAGCUCAAGCCUUCGAAGAAGCAGCUGCAGUGCACAUCACAGGAGCUUCACUUCUCAGGACAAAACGAUAAAGGCACUAGACCUGUAAAUGUGAAGCCAGCUUCAAGGCAAAGUACUUCUUUGGGCAUAGAACUGGAUCACAAUGUUUCUAACACCAUUUGUAUGAAUGCUGCCCAGAGUUUCACAUCUAGAGAAACCAGUGAACAAGAUGGCAUGUUUGAAAGAAGACAUGGAAAUCCUUCUCGAAAAAAACAACACAAGUGUGAUGAAUGUGGCAAAACCUUUAGUCAGAGCUCAGCCCUUAUCCUACACCAGAGAAUCCACAGUGGAGAGAAACCUUAUGCGUGUGAUGUGUGUGCAAAGGCUUUUAGCCGAAGUGCAGUCCUGAUUCAGCAUCGAAGAAUCCACACUGGGGAAAAAUAUGAGAAUAGGACCCAGGAGGCCCAGAAGAAAAUGUACCUCAAGACCAUGCUGAGAUGUCCAGGGUCAUGGUUAGGAGGCAGGUGAGUAAAGGGACUUAAUUUCACAUGAAAACUCAUAGGAACCUACACAUUACUGAUGAGACUAAGAAAUUCCUCUGUCGGAAAAACAAUCAUCUACUUUACAAUGUAAUUUGGAAAUAACUCAGUGAAAACAUUAAGAUGACUCUUCAGGGAGUGGCUUAAACAUAAGGAAUGUUCCGGUAAUAAAAUGGGUUAUCUAUGAGGGCUUAUGUAAAGUUGAUGACCAUCUUAAUAAAAAGGAAGAAGGGAGAUGAAGAAAAGACUGUCCAAACAAAACUGAUGUAACAAAUGUUGGUGGGUGUGGUGUGUGACGGAGACGUGUACCACAGCUUACCUGGAAAAUGAAACCCUUAACAACUGAUGACUGCCCUUCAGGGUUAUUCCUGGCCCCCUUUCUGGCAUAAAUUAGCUGUGAACAUGUUUCAGGCAUCACAAGACAGCUUUUUCAGGGCCUUAUGCAUUCUUAAUAAGGUGAGUUUACAGACAAGUGUUCACAGAGUGAGACCCUGGGUUUUGAUUCUUUUGUGCUAAUGAAACCACUAAAGUCAAUUUAGAGUUCACCCAAGUUUUACCCAUGUUCAAUCAGAUUCCCUGUAUAAAUAUGACUGAUUUUUAUGUUAUUAAAAUUACCCUGACAGUGUA